CCCAAAAGCCGUAAUUUUGCUGACCUCUAAUCGGCUAAAUCGACACUCAAUGAUGGAUUUUCUAUACUUAUACAUUUCUUCUACUCAUAGUGGGUUUAUUUUGUAUAAAGUCGUCGUUGCGAAUAUGCCAUAGAAUACGUGUUGCCCUGUUCAUCACCACGCAAUAAGGGAGGGAUUAGAAAUCAUAAAAACAUAAUUGGGUUGACCUGUGAGCUAUAACAUUUCAAGAAAUUAUCAUUGGCAACUCACAAAGAAAGAGCAUUGCUUGCACCAAACAAAAUAAAAACAGAGAGAGAGCACUGGUAAAUUGUAAUGGCAGAAGGAGUUAUUUUCACGUUAGUAGCAAAGGCUCUCGAAGUCUUGGCAACAUCAGCGUUUAAAGAGGCUUCAUCCUGGUGGGGCGCAAGAGAUGAUCUGAAGAAGCUUGGGAAGAGCAUGGAGAUGAUCCAAGCUCGAGUUCGUGAUGCCGAAAAGUAUCAAGAAGAGGACGGUAGUGAUGCUGUCAAACUGUGGCUUCGGAGGCUGAAGCUGGUGCUUUACCAAGCUGAUGACUUGUUUGAUCGUAUACUCACUGUUGAUAGACAGAAACAGCGCAGAAAACAAAAUCACGAGGUACACUUUUCCAUAAGGUCAAGCUCUCCUGUUUUAAACUGGAAAAUAGCUGGAGAAAUCAAGUCUAUCAGAGAAAAACUUGAUGCCAUCAACUCUGAUAUGGUUGGCUUAAACUUGAGGUUUUAUGACCAUUGGGAAGAACCCCAACCUCUGAUGUCCCGUUUCAUGAAGAACAGAGAAACAACCUCUUUUGUGGAAGCAGAAGAUGUCAUUGGUAGAGAACAUGAUAAAGAUGUGAUCAUUCAGAUGCUUCUUGAUCCCAAAUUUGACGGGGAAAAGGUUACUAUUAUCCCAAUCAUGGGGUUUGGGGGUCUAGGGAAAACUACUCUAGCUCAAUUUGUUUUCAAUGAUCAGAGGGUGCAAAAUCAUUUCGAUCUUAUUAGAUGGGCUUAUGUACCCGACAAGAAUGAUCGCACUGCUGUAAUGGGAAAAAUAUUCAACUGCUUCACUGGUGAAAACUAUCGUGAUCUCCCACUGGAAGAGCUUCAAUGCGGCAUUAGACAGUCAAUAGAAAGCAAGAAGUAUCUUCUUGUGCUGGAUGACAUCUGGGAUGAGACUGUUCAUAGAUUACAUGAUCUUGUGAACUUGCUGAAAUGUGGUAAACCUGGAAGUAAAGUAAUUGUAACUACGCGCUCUGAUGUUGUUGCAAGAGAUCUUGGCACCAUUGAAGAACCCUACAGAUUGGGAACUCUAAGUGUUGAUAAGUCGUGGAAUCUUUUCGAAAGAUUGGCACUUAAACCACGACAAGAUGCGAGCAAUCUCAGUUCUUUGAGUGAGAUCGGGAAAGAUAUUGUGGAAAUGUGUGGAAACGUGCCACUUGCUAUCAAAGUUGCUGCAGGUUUCCUCUGUUCCAAAGACACUCCGGAAGAGUGGUUGUAUGUCAGAGAUGCUCAACGCGCAAAGGCACAACAUACAAUAGGUAGCGACAUCAUGCCUAUUCUGAAGUUAAGCUAUGAUGACCUACCACCACCAUUGAAACAAUGCUUUGCUUAUUGUUCGUUAUUCCCGAAAGGCUAUAAGUUUAGGCAAACUAAAUUGGUUCGUCUAUGGAUGGCUCAAGGAUAUUUUGAAGCAUCAAGCAGAGAUAUCGGAGACUGCUACUUUCUGGAAUUGCUACAGAGGAAUCUAUUUCAAGAUCCUGAAGAAGGUCUUGAAGCGAACACUAAAAGGUGCAAAAUGCACGACUUAGUGCAUGACUUGGCACAACAUGUAGCUGGUCAUGAGACCAUGGUGUUGGCUGAGUCGUCUUCUUCCCAAAUCACUGAUGGACUUAUACAUGUAAAUCUUGGUGGAACUGAAGCUCCAUCAUUGUUAUUUGAGGCUAAUAUGUUACGCACAUUGCUAUAUGCUACAAGAAGUGAUGAAUGUGACAGAUUGAUAUCCAGAUUCCAAUCCUUACGGGUCUUGAGCUUGCAGAAUAUUAGGAUUGUCCCAGGUUCUAUUGGGAGGUUGGUACAUUUGAGAUACCUUAAUCUUCAUGGCACUCGCGUUACAUGUCUUCCCCAAGCAAUAACAAGAUUAGAGAACCUGCAAACACUUAAUCUUCAUGGUUGUAUAGAACUGAAGGAGUUGCCAAUAGAUUUUACUAACUUGCCCAACCUGAGGCACUUGGCAAUUGCUGGCAGCGGUUUAACUACAUUUCCACCAGAAAUUGGUAGAAUGACAUGUAUACAAGAGUUAGAUGAAUUUGUAGUUGGAGACAACAAUGGAAUAGACUCGGUGCCAGCCUUGAAUCUUACGGGGAACCUCCACAUUAAAUUCUGCAAGUGGCGCAAUGAUGCUGUUUUGGAAGCGCAGAGGGCAAAGUUGAAGGACAGUCAGCGAUUAAAUAAUCUAACUUUAGAUUGGAGGUUAGAAAGAGCUUCUAGUGGCUGUGGAACGAAUGAAAUGUUAAUGUACUUGCAGCUACCUCCAAAUCUUAUAUAUCUUCGAGUUGACCACUACACUGGAGAUGAGAUGCAAUGCAGGUGGUUAGAUGUGUUGUCUAAGCUGGUUUCCAUUACAAUUUCACUGUGUCAUAAUUGCAGAGUUCUCCCUCAUUUGAGUCAGCUACGUCAUCUCAAAAAUCUUUAUCUAGAAAGUCUUCAUGCCUUGGAGUAUAUAGAAGAUGAGGAUGACAUCCAGGUUGGUGGAGAUGGUGUUUAUGCAAGCCAUUACUCCCAACCUGAUUGCAAAGAGUUGGAGUCAAUGCCUCUAGCACCAAAGCUGGAGUCACUGGAGGUUUUUGAGGGCAAUGGUAAGUUGUUUAAAUCCAAUCUGGCGUCACCAAACAAUGAAGCAUCAUCAUCUCUUUUCACAUCAUUAAAGCACCUGCGUAUUAGAGGAACUAUCAUUGGACUAGUUUCUUUGUCAAUUAGUAGUAGAUUGUGCAAUCUAGAAUACGUAGAAAUAGAAUAUUGCAAGAAAUUAAGGAGUUUGAUGAUUGAAUCUCCAAGUUCCAUACGAGAUCUUAAACUAAUUGGGCUUAAUAGUGGCUGGAGUAACAUACUAAAAGUAGAUUUUCCUUUCAUUGAGAAACUGGAUAUCAGCGAAUGUGGUGAAGAAUUAGAAGAGGGGAACACUAGGAUGUAUUGGCAAGGCUUAAGGAGCCUCCAUGUGUUGGAGUUAUGGGGAUUCAACAACCUGAAGAGUCUCCCUCCAGGCAUUGCUUGUCUAACCAACCUUCAGCGUCUUCAUAUUGAUCAUAUGAAAAACUUGAAAGCUCUUCCAAAAGAGAUCGGUAACCUCUCCCUGCUUCAGAAACUUUGUAUUGUGUAUAUGGAGAAGUUGGUAGCACUCCCAGAAGAGAUUGGCAACCUCUCUCUACUUUCACACCUUGAGAUUAGUUCUUGUCAAGAAUUGCGGGUACUUCCAGUAUCAUUACAAGGCCUCACCUCUUUACAGAAACUUCGUAUCUAUGACUGUCCACAUCUGGAAGAAAGAUAUAGCGUCAAAUUCAAUGGCCGAGAUCGUCACCUCCUUCAACAUAUUCCCGAUCUUACGAUUCAGGAAUCAAAGAAACCAAAAAAAAAAAAGAAUCAAAGGAGAGAGAGUGUAAAAAAGCAAUCCCCAAACAUGGCACAAGCACUGAUGGCAGCUUUAGUUGCAAAAGUCCUGAUAUCCAUGGGAGAAUUCGCCUAUGAAGAAACCGCAUCUUGGAUUGGGGCAAACGAUGAUCUAAAAAAGCUCAAAAAAACAAUGAAAAUGAUCGAAUAUCGAGUUCGCGACGCAGAAAAGCGCCAAGAAGACGACAACAGUGAAAGCGUCAAACUCUGGCUUUACAGGCUAAGGCAGCUUCUCUACCGAGCCGAUGACUUAUUCGACAAUAUUCUCACUCUUAAACGCCAGAAAAAACGCGACGAAAAAACCACCUUCAAAAAAGUGGGCAUUUUGUUGUCAAUACCUAAUCCAAUUAAUACUGUAAAAUUGGCUCUUAAAAUUAGGUCAAUUAGAAAAGAAUUGGAUGCAAUUAUAUCCGAUAUGAAUGGUUUGAAUUUGAAGAUUCUUGUUUCUGAAGAGCUAGAAUUGCCGAUCAAUCGUUUUAUGAAGAAAAGAGAAACUGCUUCUUUUGUGUUGAAAGAAGAUGUUAUUGGUAGGAAAAAUGAUAUUAAUAUGAUAAUUGAUAUGCUUUUUGAUCCUGAAUAUGAUUCUAAAAGAGUUACUGUGAUUCCAAUUGUUGGUUUUGGGGGUAUUGGAAAGACUACUCUUGCUCAAUUUGUGUUUAGUGAUGAGAGUGUUCAGAAUCAUUUUGAUGUUGUUCAAUGGGCUUGUGUACCAUAUGUUGAUAAUCAGCGUAUGGUAAUGGAGAAGGUUUUCAAGUCAUUUACCGGUGAGAAAUCGAGUGAGUUGUCGUUGGAUGAUGUUAAGUUAGGCAUUCGUGAAUCGAUAAUCGAUAAGAAGUAUCUUCUUGUGUUGGAUGACAUGUGGGAUGAAGAUAGGGAUAGGUGGUUGGAUAUGUUGAGCUUGUUGAAAAGUGGUGGUUUUGGGAGUAAGGUUAUUGUAACUACACGCUCUGAUGAGGUUGCCAACAUUCUUGGCACGAAUUCGAAGCCUUAUAGAUUAGGACUUUUAACGAAAGAGGAGUCCUGGAUUCUUUUCAAAAGGGUAGCAUUUAGGUCCGGAGUAGAGGAGAGGAAUCCUAGUUUGGUUCAGAUUGGGAAGGAGAUUGUUGGUAGAUGUGGAAAUGUUCCUUUGGCUAUUAGAGUUAUUGGGAGUUUACUUUACUCGAAAGGAAGUGAGGAAGAGUGGCGACUUUUUAAAGAUGAUCAACUCUUGAAGGCGAAGUUGAUUGAAGAGGGUAAUAUUAUGCCUGUGUUGAAGUUGAGUUAUGAUUACUUAUCAUCAGCUUUAAAGCAGUGUUUUACCUAUUGUUCAUUGUUCCCGAAAGACUAUGAAUUUGUUAAGGCGGAUUUGGUUCAUUUAUGGAUGGCGCAAGGAUAUUUUGAGCCAUCAAACACAGACAUUGGGGCUCAGUAUUUUUCUGUAUUGUUAGGGAGAAACUUCUUUCAGGAUUCUCAGGAAGAUGCUAGAGGGAACGUCAGUACGUGCAAAAUGCACGACUUAGUGCAUGACUUGGCACAACAUGUAGCUGGUGAUGAGUACAUGUUGUUAGGCCAUCAGCCUUCAAUCCAGAUUACUGAUGGACUUAUACAUGUAAAUCUUGACGGAAGGGAAGAUCCAGCAUCGUUGCUUGCUGCUAAGAAGAUGCGGUCGUUACUAGGAUUUUUUGACAGAACGCUUGCUAAUUCGUAUGAGUUGAUCUCACGGUUCAAGUCCUUGCGUGUCUUGAGCUUGGAGAACAGGGGAAUUGAGACGCUGCCAAGUUCUAUAGAGAAGUUGAUACUUCUAAGGUAUCUUAAUCUUUCAGGGAAUCAUUUCAAAUGCCUUCCUGAUUUCAUAGUAAGGUUAGACAAUCUGCAAACACUAAACCUUGAUGAUUGCAAAAGCCUAAAGAAGUUGCCAAGAGAUUUUACUAAAUUACCAAACCUUAGACACUUGGUAAUCGAUUGGGAUAGUUUGACAGAUUUGCCACCAGGAUUUGGAGAGAUGACAUCUCUUCAUGAGCUGCAUAGAUUUGAAGUAAGGAAAGCAGAGAACAGUAGUAUAUGCUCACUGCCAGCCUUGAAUCUUAGGGGAGAUUUGACAAUCAAGUUUCGCGAGUGGCGCGUAAAUGCUGUGGUUGAAGCUCAGAGGGUAAAUCUGACAGCAAAUGGACAUUUAACUUCUCUUUCAUUAAAGUUUCAACUAGAAGGAGAACAAGUUACGCUUGCUUCUUGUGAAAUAGAUGACAUGUUAGCGUGCUUGCAUCUACCUCCAUAUCUCAAAUAUAUGGAGUUUGAUGGCUAUAUAGGACAUAAGAUGCCACAUAGAUGGUUAGAUGGGUUAACUAACCUUAUUUCUGUCAGUAUUUCAAGGUGCAAUAGUUGCAGAGUUGUUCCCCACUUGGGUAUGUUGCCCCAUCUCAAAUUUCUUUAUAUUAAAGAUCUUGAGGCCUUGGAGUACAUAGAAGAUGAGGCUGGCAUCUUGGCUGAUAAUGACUACUUACCGUUCUUAGAAGUCUUGGAAUUGGAGGACUUGCCACAACUCAAAGGGUGGACUAGACCAUCAAAUGAUACUGGUGAACAGAAGAAGUUGUUGUUUCCUCGUCUUUUCCAAAUGAAAUUAAAUGGCUGCCGUGAGUUGAUAUCAAUGCCUCAAGCGCCAAAGCUCGAGUCAUUGGAUGUAAGGCGUAUUAAUGGAAAUAUGUUAAAAUCUAUACUCACAUUACUCCAUGAUCACGAAGCACCAUCAUCAUCAUCACCACCAUCAUCUGCAUUGAAGAGACUAAGUAUUUAUAUGAUUCAUGAUGAACUAGAGUCGUUGUCAAUUAGUAGUAGUUUGUGUAACCUGAAUACAUUAGAAAUAUCCUAUUGUUAUCAACUGCAGAGUUUGAUGUUCGAAUCUCCAAAUUCCAUUCGGCAUCUUGAUAUGAAGUUCUGCAAGAGCUUGAGAAACAUAUCUGAGGGAUUGCAGCAUCUCUCUGUCCUUGAGAAAUUAGAGAUACGUUGUUGUGAACAGUUGGAAGAGGAGCAAGAAGCACAAGACGAGGGGGACACCACUCAGAGUUGGGAAGCCUUAACGCGCCUCCGUUGGUUGCAAUUAUUAGAAAUUCCUAAGAUGACAAAACUCCCUCGAGGCAUUACUUGUUUAAUAACGCUUCAACGCCUAUCAGUUUCGACUCUUGAGAACUUAACAGCACUCCCAGAAGAGAUUGGCAACCUUUCCCAGCUUCGCGAGCUUUUUAUUACUAGGUGUCCAAAAUUGAAGUCACUUCCACCAUCACUAUGGGGCCUUACCUCUUUGGAGAAAAUUCAUAUUUUAGGGUGUUCAGAUCUGGCAAAUAGAUAUAAGCUGGAUGGCGAAGAUUACCACCUUAUUCAACAUGUCCCCCAUGUUAAUAUAGAAGGCUAA